AUAUGCAUGUUAUCAGUAUUAUAAUUUGAAUAAUUUUUGUAGUAUUUAUACAGUAUAUUUAUACAGUAUAGCAACAUGAUGGCAAAUUUAACAAAUGAAUCACUUGAUCAUUAUGCUGAAGGUUGUUUUAAAACUUAUGACAAGAUUGCUUGUUCAAGAGACGCAUUGGAAGCGAUACUGGCAUUUGUUACUGUGAUAUUUUGUAUUGUGAAGAUCGUUAAGCUACACUUGGCUAAACACGAAUUAUGGAAUCAAUAUAUGAUAUUUUAUUCUGCUAUUGUGGAAAUUCUUUUGCUGGCUUUAAAUUGGGUAUAUGCUCACCAAGCUACACUGGAUCUUGUUGCAGAACUAUUGAAAUUAUUUCAGUUUCUUGUUGUUUGUCGUUUUUAUGGCGAAAUUGUAUCUCGUAUGUCAAAAAGAGAGAACUUGUACAAAAAAACUAUCCUACCAGCUCUGUUACUUGUUUUCAUCUAUUUUGUUGUUUUAAUUAUUGUUGGUAUUGUUCGCAUGAAGGAUAAUACCAAUGAAUGUGUCGAACCUGAAUGGCUUCAAUUAUCUUGCUCUGAAGUUGCUCUUGGUAUAGCGUUUAUGAUAGUCGGUGUAUAUAUCACGCAACAAACAAAUAAAUUGAAAACUGAUCAUCUGUUUAAAAGAAGUAUAAAACGUUCUCUAUGGGGAAUAAUACUGAGUUUCGAACUUUCUGCACUUCUGAGUAUGGCAUAUGAUGUUACAAUGAUCUUUAUUGGUAAAGACAAUCGUUGUAAAGGCGUAUUUUUGACGGACCCGGUUGCUUUUACCAUUAGUCAUGUUAUUGUGAAGAUAACAAAAUGGCUAUUACCUAUUUGGGCUAUGAUUCUGGUGUUCAAGCCGGACAGCUUUCGAGGAGGAACGAAGUCAUACGAAGAUUCUGAACAACCGCCUAUUGUGCAAAGAUCAUCUGUCGGUGUAUUCAAGUCCGAAUUCCGGCCACGUGGUCGAAGUUUUAAUUAUAAACACCUACGUAAUCCUGAAAACGAAAGCGAACGCAAUUUGCUUGCUCCAAACGCGGUCGCAGAACAAGAAAAAUCGAUACCGAAACGUAAAAAGAAAAGUCGGCGAACGCGAGUAAAAAGUGGUGGCUCUUCAACAGCUGAAGGGGACUCUUCAAACAGUCCUACCAGCCCGCCCACACAAACUAAGAACGAUGGUGUGAACAACGUGGAUGUUUCUGUCAGUAUAAAUGCAAGUUCUUCAGCAAAAGUUAUAGUGUGAAGUCUUUGCUUUGACUUCAGGCUAUGGUAAUGUGAGUCAAUCACAUGACCUCAUAUAUGUCAAUAAUAUAACCGAAAAGACAAGACAUUCAGCGAAAAACGUUUUGAAGAACCUUGCUAUGAUGGAAAGAUCAUAAUCCGUUAUAUUAAUGCAACCUUUUUCUCUUUGAUUCCUUUCUUACGGCUGAUUUCAUAGACCUAUAGAAUUAAAGGCAACAUAGCGCAUAUCAUUUUUAUAGUAUUCCACAAUGUAUACAAAUUGUGGUUAACGACAUAUAUUAAUUUUUUUCUUUUAACGUUUUCAACUUUUUUUUGCUUGGAUUUUUAUAUGCGAAGUUCAGGUAAAAGUAUUUUUUAUAAGGAACCCCUUUCAUGGUGUCAAGCCAUAGGUUGCUAAGAGUAUAGAGGUCAUUUUUGUCCCUAAAAAAAUCGUGUAUAUAUAUGCUUAUAUUCUUAUGCGUCGAUUUUUUGUGUUAAAAAGGUCAAAAUUAAUUGUUUUUUGAGUUCACACUUUUGAGUUGCGACAAGUUUUUUGUCCCCUUAAAAACAAAACGCAAAUGCUGCUGGUUCAAGUCUUGUUUUUGUGUAUAAAGUGUAAGAUAUAUUUAUUUUAUGUUUGAUUGUUUACUUCUACAAA